AAACAGGCUUUUGUGCUUUCUCCCCGAUUUCCUCUCUCUCUCCCUCUCUCUCUCUCUCCAUCCCCCUCCCCACUCUUUCUCUGUCUCUUUCUCUCACCUCUCUCCUCAGUGCAUCAUCCUACAGCUCAGUUGGAAUAUGCUCUUACUUUCCCCCUGCCUCAGCUCCUCACUUCCUCUCCUGACUGACUCACUCACUCCUGCUGCUCUCCUCUCCAACCUCCUUCCUCUCUGUCACUCACUCCUGAUCCCGAAGACACCAUGGUGAACAGAUAACCUCCUGGCCAUCCUGACACCAUGGGUGCCUGCCUCUGCAAAGGUCACAAAGAGCUCCAACAUCCCAUGACAGUCCUACAGGACCAGAGUGUGGAGGGUCAGCCAUCCUCUGACAAUGAUGGGCAGAAUCCCUCCAAUGGCAGUGUGGCAGAUAAAAGCAACCGCUACGACAUAGGCGAGCUGGCCACCUCCUCUUUGAUUGGUCUGGUGGCCACGAUAAAGGAACACAUCACCAAGCCGACAGCGAUGGCCCAGGGGCGAGUGGCCCACCUGAUUGAGUGGAAGGGUUGGGGCGGAGGCGGUGAGGCCGGCAGGGGCGGAUGGAACGGGGCCGGGGGUAAAGGAGGUGGAGGAUGGGGGGUUGCAGAGCUGCAUGAAGACGAACAAUUCUACUCUCAAAUGACGGAUGAGAUCAAGGAAGCUCGCUUUGCAGCAGGGGUGGCGGAGCAGUUUGCUCUGGCUGAAGCAGCCAUGAAUGUGUGGUCUCUGACCGACGGCUUAGAGCAGCCCUCCACAAGCUUACAAGCUGCACAAAGCCACUACCUUUCUCAGUUCCUGCUGGACGGUGGAAGCAUCAGUGUUCCUCAGCACCUGUACAGCAUCCACCCUCAGACUUACGACGACUACAGGACAACCCACCUGAUACCUGUGCCGAUGGCCGACUCACUUUCCCCGAUGUCCAACUCUCAGCAGGACAGAGAUCAAACCUUUGAGGACAGAAGCCCUGGGACUGGAGAGGCUGCUGUCAGACACGUAGACAGCAGCUCGCUAUCAGAGGAUGACGUUUUUUAUAACUAGACUCAAAUGGAACACAAUCCAGCAAUCAUGAUGGCAAUCUCUGAAAUGAAAAUGACCCAGAGGACGUAACCCCCAGCUACCAGCAAUCAGACACAAAAUGGAAAGGCAGACUUAUGUGGAAUAUCUCAAGGGGCAAUUUGUCAAAUGGCAGGUCUGUAAGGGUCUGAACCCCUGGUCCUCAGACAUAAAGACCCAUAAGACUCCAAACUGUAUUUUCUCCAUGGUUGAGCAAAUGCUUCAAUGAAUGUACAUCAUUCCACCAUCACAUUUUUUAUUCAGUGUACAUAGGACACUUUCAAAUUAAAUGUAGAACUGAACUGUGAAGAACCAAAAGAUACUGUUGUAAAAUAUCUUGUUAUAAAACUUCAGUUUGAAUAUAUGUGCUGAAUAAGGUUGUUCUGAUCUGUUUUUCUGUCACAGCGAAGAACUCAAGAAUAACAUGAAGGCAGUCGGAGUAGAGGAAAUCUGACAAAAGAAAUUGAAAGUGUGUCUUCUUUCAGGUUUUCAAUCUGGAUCCGAAGAGCAGAAGAAGUCUGGUGUGAGGAAAGCAUACAGCCAAUUAUCUGCCUGAGCCCAAUCUAUGAUUAGCUUUAAUUCACACUUUUCUGAGUGCGACCGGGGUGCAGAGAGGGGUGCAGGGAGGGGUGCAGAGAGGGGUGCAGGGAGGGGUGCACAGACAAGACGAGUGUAAAAACAGAGAGGGAGGAGGACACGGGUGUGUGGUCGUGUGUCUAUUUCUGUUUGUGUGUUAGCAUGCCUGUGUGAGAGAAUGAAGGUGUUUUUGUGUCAUUUUUAAAGCAGAGGUUUGAAGCUGUGCUUUGUGAUGUGUCAAAGCUAUUCUGCCUUUUGUUAUCUUGGUGCAGCUCUGGAGGGUGUUCAAUCAGUGUGAAAAAACUAAACAAAAGGCUGAGCACAAAACAAAACACUCGAGCAGGACAAUCAACUGAAUGGAGCUUUAAUUAUUUCUGAAGUGCAACAACAGCAGCUGAAAUACUUUUUUCUCUGCAGCAAAUUAUGAAAAAAAGACAAAUGACAGUUUGAAAUUAAACAGUCACUCUUUCAAGUUGUUGCUGUGUUACAUCUUGAUCUUUAAAGUAAGGCUUUCAGCGUUAAUGCAUUGAUCAUAAUGAGCUUCAGGUCUGAUAUUAACAGGUCAUUUUCAUUAUUUUCUUAUUCCUACUAUUUGGUCCCUUUUGGCACACCGUAGUGAAGCCUCUGCAGUGUCUUCCUGCUUCCUACUGUUGCCAUGUGUUGGAAAAUAAUGACACCAUUGUCCUUUUGAACGGCUCAUUUCACUUUGAAAAUCUCCCAGACGGCUCAGUUGACAAGUCAGAAGUAAUAUGCACUUUGCGUCACACAAAAUUAAAGGGUUACCGAAGGGUAGAAGUUUGAGCCACCACCUAUGAACUAAGCAUACAGGUGCAGCAAGUCAGACUGAUGUCCGCGGGCACCUGCAUCACAAGCCAGUAGACAACUAAGUUGGAGUGUAAGAAUCACCACAGACCUUUUUAUGGAACUAAAUUGUUAAAUACAGUGCCUGCUGAAUGGGUGGCAGCUGACUGCAGACUAGUCAGUUCUGAGGAGGACUCGGAUCCAAAGAUGUGUUGUGACCAGUAGUGCCACAGCACAGCAUCUAUUUGAGGAUCAUUUGGUUCUCAAAUAAAAACACUGGUAAAAAUUUUUACUUUAAUACGGACCAAAAAAAACUGUUUUUAGUAUUUUGUUAACUUACAGAUAAUUUCAAAGGGGCAGUUACUACUUAACUGUCAAUCAGCUACCUAUUUAAGCAAUUUCUGAGUUCUUUAAGAACUUUCAACAAAUUUUGUCCAUCAGAGGCAACUAGAGCUUUUUCAUAUCAUAUGACUUACAGAUAGGUACAGUGAGAUAAGAUGGGGAAAAGUGAUAAAAAUCCAUUUUAAAGGACAAUUUCACAUUUUAAAAAACUUUUAAAAUGUAGAAACUUGCUGUGUUAGUGAAGCAAACUAAUUAUCUUUGUAUGGGCACGGUGCUGAAUCACAGCAUUGUUGAAAACCUGUACAACAACACUCCCUUUUAUGUGAUAUUGCUUUGUUGUACUGAAUGAAGAAAUGAAGUGAUCCAGGUGAAAGUUGGUGAAGUGGGUUUGUUGCACCCAGGGAUGAUUUCUGAGACAUACUUGCUUAUUAUCAGAGUAGGUGAGAUUACCACCACCAGGGGGAGCUGUAGGGUGGAGUUCUUAAUUUAAAACAUUUAAGCUUUAUUUUGGAGUUUAAGCAGCAAUUUCCAAUGUUAAACAAUGAAGAAGAUGCAGAAGUGCAAAAAGAAACUGUAGUUCCUCAAGUGUCCACUUGAGGGUGACUCCAAAAGCAGAGGAGUCCCCAUUAACCCCCCCCCCCCCCCCCCCCCCCCUUUAAAAUGCCUAUUAUCAGAGCGAAUUUAACAUUUUUACAGCCUGGUCCUAUUUUGGCAUACAGCUCAUUCAAAGAUUUAUAACUUAAAUAUAAAUUUGCAUGAAAAGGGGAGCCGAGUUGAACGACAGGGGGGAGUGCUGUAGCUGUUUAACCAGGAGGCUAAAAAACCUGCCUCAGCUCUUCCACUUUGCCAGUGUCUACAAUGAUUGAAAAUAAGCAUUUCAGCAUGGUGUAUUGAUGGGUACCAUAACAUGGCUCCAGAAACCAGUGGGUGAUGACACAGAGACUAUGUCCAUGUAUAAACAUGCAAUAUAUUUGCAGUGAUUUUAAAUAAAUCUC